UGCCUUCCUCCUGUUCACCCUGGUUUUCCUGUUUCCUCCAGCUCAGUGUGGAGGCUGCUGGCCCUGCCAUCUGUAAGAAGAUGUCGUAUGGAUCCGUCGCCGGCGGAGGUGGCCUGGGGAGCCGUGGCCCUUUCGGGGGACCUUCGAGACAAGGCUGUCAGCCCCUAGGAAUUACUUGGAAGUUUACUUCAUCAUUUUCAGAUAUACUUUUUUCCAGUUGUCUUUUUAAAGUGAUUUCAAACCCGAUCACACAUCUGAAAGAAAAGCACCAGUGCUAUCCGGAGUGCGCUAGAUGUUGGACCGAGUAUGGAAUCCGCCAUUUCCCCUGCCCGUCGCCAGAGAGCAAGCUGCAGAACCCCUGUGUGGGGAAGGACGGGGAAGGUGAUCUGGGGCCAGCGGGCACGCCUAUUGUCCCAAGGGCCAGGAAGCGAGGGCCUGGGGUUGCCCCUGAAGGCAGCCGGAUGCCGGAGCCCACCUCAUCACCCACCACUGGCCCGAGGAAGGACUCAGCUGCUGGGCCCCAUGGCCGGAUGGCGGGGCCCAGCGCUACCCGGGCCAAGAAGAGGAAGCCCAACUUCUGCCCGCAGGAGACCGAGGUGCUGGUAUCCAAGGUGAGCAAGCACCACCAGCUGCUGUUCGGCACGGGGCUGCUGAAGGCCGAGCCCACUCGCAGGUACCGCGUGUGGAGCCGCAUCCUGCAGGCCGUGAACGCUCUGGGCUACUGCCGCCGCGACGUCGUGGACCUAAAGCACAAGUGGCGGGACCUGCGAGCCGUCGUGCGGCGCAAGCUGGGCGACCUCCGGAAGGCGGCCCAUGGCCCCAGCCCUGGUUCCGGCAAGCCCCAGGCCCUGGCCCUCACGCCCGUGGAGCAGGUGGUGGCCAAGACCUUCUCUUGCCAGGCACUGCCCUCUGAGGGCUUCGGUCUGGAGCCGCCCAGAGCCACCCAGGUUGAUCCGCGCAACCUCCAGGAGCUGUUCCAGAACACAUCUGCCAACAUCUCCCGAAUCAACUCCAGUGUAACCUCCUUGGAGCGGAGCCUUCAGUCCUUAGGGACACCGAGUGACACGCAGGAGCUUCGGGACAGCCUUGUUAAGCCAGUGGUUGGCCGAAGAGCGUGUUUGGGAGCUGGAGGCCCUGGUGGCUCUCCAGAGCCUCAGAUGCCAGGAAGACGCGGCCCUGACCAAGGCCCCGGGGAAGAAAGCUUCUGUCCCCGCGGUUCCCGCCUAGUCUGUGGUAACCUUAUGGCUCCUUGCCCUCCUUGGCCCACACCCUCUCCAGCCUGGCACACGGUGCAGCAGGAGACCAACAAGACCAUUGCAGCCAGCGCCAGCUCCGUGAAGCAGAUGGCCGAGCUGCUGCUCAGCUCCUCCCCGCAGGAGCAUCCUCAGCUGGACCGGCUGAAAACCCAGCUCUCGGAUGCCAUUCAGUGCUACGGAGUGGUGCAGAAGAAAAUUGCAGAAAAGUCCAGAGCGCUGCUUCCCGUGGCACAGAGGGGCAGUAAACAGCAGAGUCCCCAGGCCCCGUUUGCCGAGCUGGCUGCUGAUGAGAAGGUCUUUAAUGGGAGUGACAACAUGUGGCAGGGCCAGGAGCAGGUGCUGCUCCCGGACAUCACUGAGGAGGACCUGGAGGCCAUCCGGCUGCGGGAGGAGGCCAUCCUGCAGAUGGAGAGCAACUUGCUGGAUGUGAAUCAGAUCAUCAAGGACUUGGCCUCCAUGGUGUCAGAGCAAGGAGAAGCUGUCGGGUCCAGCAGCAGCAAAGCUGUGUGCCGGCAGAGCUGCAGUCCUGAGCCGGCCGUGGUGGCCCUGCUGCCAGGUGUCGGGCCGGGCUCCACACCCCUGCGGCCGGGCCCCCACUCCCGCACCAAGACACGCAAGCCCAACUUCAGCCCCCAGGAGACGGAGGUGCUGGUGCAGAGGGUGAGGCGCCACUACCCGCUGCUGUUCGGGGCGCUGCGGGGCACACCUGCCAGAAAGCACCGCGUGUGGAACCGUAUCCUGCAGGCAGUGAACGCGCUGGGCUACUGCCGCCGCGACCUGGGUGACCUCAAGCACAAGUGGCGGGACCUGCGAGGCGCUGUGCGCAAGAAGCUGGCAGAGGGCGGCCCCGCCCCCGGCCUCCUCACGCCUGUGGAGCGCGUGGUGGCAGAGACCUUUUCCGCCCACGGUCCUCAAGGCGAGGGCCAGGCCACGGAGCCCCUGCCAACUGAUGAGGAGGAUGAGACCCCCAGCUGCUUGUGGCUGCCCCUGCGGACCCUGGAAGGGCCCAACCCGCCUGAACCUGACCCCCUGGACUUACGAGGAGUCUUCCACGCACCCACCUCCUCACCCUCCCCACCUGCUUCCCCAGCCUCCACCCCACCAGCAACCACACUCAUGGGGGCCUUCCAGCCUUCCCCGCCCUCUUUGGCGCCAGCACCUCCCUUGCCCUCCAGGAGGACCCCGGUGGCAGCAUCUGAAACGUCCGCAUUUGAGCAGCGGCUGCUGGACUCCCACCGGCAGCAGGGUGCCCUGCUCUCCUCCUGGGCCCAGCAGCAGAGCACACUCAUGGCCCAGCAGAACCUGCUGCUGCAGCGGCUGGCCGAGCAGAGCCAGCGUCUGGCCGAUGGCGUGGAGGCCCUCAACCGGACCCUCGAGAGGCUGGUGGAAGCACGCCCCACCCGGGAAGCCUCACUCUCACUCCAGGACGGUGGUCUUGCCAGUGGAGUGGCCCAGGGGCCUGCUGGAGGCUCCCAGGACGGCCCCCAGGGCGCCCACUCGGGGCUCGAGGUCUUCUCAGGGAUGAUCUUGAAGGUGGAGGAGGAGAUAUAGGGCUGCUCGGGGGUGCUGGCAGAGCCAAAGGGCAGGAGUGGGGCCUCCGGUCGUUCCCCUGCUGAGUCCAGGCAGGGGAGAGGUGGCAGUGACUGGGUCUCCAGGGCGCCGGGACAACUCGAGUCCAGGAGACCAGAGGAUGAGAGGAUGUGGGCUGUCUACCUGUGAUGCUGCGUCCUUGCCGUUGUCUGUGGAGUGUGGUGACCUGCAGGGAAAGGCUGCAGAGAGCCGACCUGUGGGGCCCAGUGGACCAGGUCUACUCAGGGAUGAUGCUGUUGGAGGCUCCAGCCCCUGCGGCAGUGGCCGUGAAGUCCGCAGCCCAGCGCCCCUGGGGGAGGGGGAGGUGGGGAAGAUGCACUUAGGGGCCCCCUGCUCACCGGAGCUCUGGAAAGGCUGGUUCGGCCAGGCCCUAAAAAGGUCCCAAGUGUGAUCUGGCAUGACUCCUGAAAGCCCCUGUCGCCUUCGUGGGCGUGUACGCUCGGAGGGCAGGGCUCCUGUGCCCUACGUCAUUCUGGCCCAGGCAACCACAUCCCAUAAGCCUGGAAUAAUUUAUCUCCAAUUUUCUAUGUUAUAAAUACAUAAAGAUAUAUAUAUAUAUAUAUGCCUAUAUAUUACUUGGUACUGUAUGGGGCUGGGAUGACAUUUUGUACCUGUAGAUUUUUCUUGCAAAAUAUUUUUUUUAUAUCAGCAUAAAAUAACAAAGCAGGCAGCAAUGCGGCUGCUGACGAGCACAGGAGUUGGAGCCUGCUUCUCGGGCCUGGCGGGUGCCGCUGCUUCCAGCCUCCCUGCGGGGGUCCGGGCACCUCCCUGCGUCUUCAGAUCCUUCUUCCUCCAUUACCUCCUUUGACUCUUUGGAGAUCCCUUGGUGGGGCUGCCCCAUCUCCAGUCCCUGUGCGGCAGGGCACAGUCUGCAGCCCCCCAGCCUGGGCAGCCGUCGGGAGUGAGCAGGAGCGGGAGGUGGGACCAGCCCGGGCCUUGGCUGGUCUGGGGCCUCCAGCCUCUUCCUCUGCGGCCUCUGCCUGCCUCCCAUGGCCCAAAGCCUGUCCCAGGAGCAAGAUGCUGGCCGACUGGCCUAAGUGGGAGGCAUGCUGGUCCCAGCAGCUUCUGGGGAAGCUCCAGCACAGCCGAGAGUCAAGACUACAGUGUCCCUGAGAGCAGGGAGAGGGGCCUUUUCCUCGUUUUGCGUUUUCCUGUGGAGCCAGCAGUGUGUCAGUAACUCUUGUCUAUGAAAGAACCUGAGGUGUAGCCACAUGUCCAGCUGCCUUCUGUGCAUGCUUGGCCUCCCUCCAGGCUCCCCACUCUGUGGGUGCCCAUGGUGCUGCUGUUGGUUCUGGGCGGGGCCUCCACUCUGAUGGUUCCACCCCGGGAAAGCUGGCCUUCCAUCCUGCAAAACCAGGUGACCUCAGUCCCACCACCUCCAAGAAGCCUCUGUAGAUCUUCAUUCUGGGUUCUUGUCCAUUAAAAAUACCCACCAUGGGCUGGGCAUAGUGGCUCAUGCCUGUAAUCACAGCACUUUGGGAGGCUGAGGCAGGAAGAUCACUUGAGGCCAGGAGUUCGAGACCAGCCUGGACAACAUAGCAAGACCUUGCUUCUACAAAAAAUAAAGCUCAAUAAAUAAAGAUACCCAGCACGGCUGA